UCACUGUGGCGGUGAGUUGAAUGACUGGACGUCCAAGGGCAAUCCAUAGUUCCAGCACGCCAAGUGGUUCGAAAAGUGUUCCUUCCUCCUGUUGGUCAAGGGGCAAAACUUCAUUAACUUCGUCAAUCGUCGGGGUCUCGGAUCACCUACUGAUGAGAAGAAAUGAUUUUGAGCAGAUUAACUUCUCCAUCAGCACUAAAAAAUUAAAGCCACCAGCGAGUAUUGAGAAACCGGAAGAAACACCCGAGAAGAAACCAAAGACAGAAGUUAAGCCGAUCAACAAGAGUGCUGAUGACGCCCGUAUGUGCAUAAUUUGCAAUAACAAAAUAUUGUUGGGGGGUGGUGUUCCAGCCUUGCAGACACAUGGUGGCUUGUACUAA